AUGAUUGGUGACCUGGCUGAGGUGCAUGCUAUUAAAACGGUUUUCAAGAAGACAUCAGGGAUCAAAGUGAAUGGAACUAAGUCUAUAAUAGGGCAUGGGCUUGGUGCUGCUGGGGGUCUGGAAGCUAUCGGUAUACUGAAAGCCAUUACAACAGGGUGGCUACACCCUACUAUAAAUCAAUUUAAUCCCGAGCCUUCGAUUGAGUUCAACACUGUCCCAAACAAAAAACAGCAGCAUGAAGUGAAUGUUGCCAUCUCAAAUUCUGUUGGAUUUGGCGGACACAACUCAUUUGUGGUAAACUAUAUAAAUGCACAUGCUACUUCCACUAUGAUUGGUGACCUAGCUGAGGUGCAUGCUAUUAAAAAGGUUUUCAGGAACACAUCGGGUAUCAAAGUGAAUGGAACUAAGAAUCCCGAGCCUUUGAUUGAGUUCAACACUGUCCCAAACAAAAAACAGCAGCAUGAAGUGAAUGUUGGUAAAGAAGUUUUGCCUUUUCUUCCCUUUUCUCGUCCUCCGACCCCAAACCCUUAG